AUGUCCUCUCCCUCCUCUAAGCCUACCUCCUCUAAGCCUGCCAGACCUAAAUACGUCUGGGUGGCAGCUCCCGGUUCGGUUCGUCUGCCGCCAGUACCUAGACGCAUACCCGCCGUUUAUUCCUCAGCAACGCCCGCCUCUGCCUCGACGUCUACCACCGCCAGUGAAUCGAUCGAGCCGCCCAUCGUCAAUUCCUCCGAUUCAAAUAACGACUCGUCAGUUGGAGAAGACCCUGAAUCCGAAGGGUCUUCUCUGCCGGAGCCUCCUGGGUGGGAUCCGGAGAGCGUAUUCUAUGUCCCGAUCCCAACCCCUGCGGAUCGGGAUGCUCGAACCCAAGUGGUUCGUACACUUGUGAUGAAGCUCAUGACACUCCCCACAAGACACGACUAUCUUCGAUUCGCUCUCUACCGCGUUACAAUGCAAUUUUUGGCAGACCUUAGUGGUAUUUGGCUCAGAGAUCCUGACACUGGUGUCGUGGAUCGUUCAAAGCCUACAAGCUUGGACGUUGUCUUUCGGGCCUGGAAGGCCGAGGCUAACAAGGCGUUAGGCGACUAUCGUUGGUCGUGGCCCGGAAUCAAGGACGAGAUGCAGGCGAUCUCCAAGGAGAUCUACCGCGCUCUGGACGCGGAACGCAACGGAGAGAGCACGACUCAGCGGGGCCCCGAGGAGGGGUUCAAGAAGGGGUUCCGAGUGCGGGCACUUGCUGGGAUCCCUACUCGUGUCCCGGUGGAGUACGGCUCUGAUGGGAGGCUGCACUGGUGCGGCUACGUCUUUGAGGAGCUCUCCAUGUCCAGCAUCACCUACGAGGUCAUCUCUGGCUGCCUUGUCGACGUGUGCGAAGAGCUAGGGUACGCGACCCCGCCUCCUUUGGAACCCGCCCCAUGUCAUGGUGGUGACUGA